CGUCAAGCAGAAAGCGGCAAGUCAUUCACAUUCUCGCGAGGGGGAUCUUGAUUUUUAGCCCGGCUUUUGACAAGAUAGGUCUAAUCGCGAACCUUGCUUGUGUGUUUGAUUGAUAGUACGAUAUCGACAUUGGACGAUACGGCUCCAGAUCCCGGCUGCACUUACCCUUACCUUGCUGCUGAGAUCCCCUCAUCCCUGCUCCUUCUCUUUCCUUCUCUGUGCCUGUGCUCUCUUUCUUCCCCCUCGGCUUCUCUCUUGACUCUCUGCUUGCUCUCCUACAAUCCUAUCUAAACCUGGACAUCGACCCCAUUCGUGGCCUGUUCUUGAGGCCUUUGCAUUAUUAGCAGGUUUGGUCAAUGUUGAGAGUCUUGACAAGGUGCGCAUAGACCGAGACAUUGCGCAGAGACCCUUGGACAUUCCUUCGUGUCGAUCAGCAGAACACGUACGACACUUUUGCGCUGCGGAUUCUCAGACUCUACACAUAUUCAGAGUAAGGAAGUUGGGGGAAGUGAACAACUGCAACCGAGAUACCAUCCAGCUUUCGAGCUACGCGGUGAUGACCAUGCUCUGAGCGCUCAGCAUCAUCGUCGGCGAGAAAACUACGCUUGAAAAGCGACUGCGAUUGCUUCGCCUGCACCUUUCGGAUUAGCGAGUCAUCUCAACUUCGAAGAAACCGCAAUGACUCCAACGACCACCCGCAGCUAUCGGCCUGCGCAAACAAUGCCCAAAAUGACAAUCUCUACUACUCUCCUCCUCUGCGCGAGCACACUUCUUCUCGCCUUUCCCGCUGCCGCGCAAACUUUCCCAUACGUUCCCACAGAGAUUCUCAUGCCCGAUCCAACAUGUGUCGACGGUAGCGUUCCAUGUAGUGCUUCGAAUCUAGCAUACAUCUUCCGGCAAACAGCUUCAGGCAAUGUCGAGUUUCGAGCCCUCGACUUUUCUAAGAGUAUCGAUGCGGACGAGGACAGCCUUGAGCGCGCAAGCAAUGACACUGUCUUACCUUUUCUCGACGGUAGUUCAAAGAGCACUGCCUUUGGUGCUGCGAGAACGGCGAAUGGCUCUGUACUCGUUUAUGCAGGUGACUGCGAAUCUGGCAGCGGCGAUGUCUGGAGCUUCGACUAUAGCAACGAUCAAGGCGAGUGGUCUCGUCGGGGUCUCAAGAACGGCGGCGACACCCGUCGUGCACCGUAUUUCCUCGGAGGCACUGUUGCCUUUUCCUCCAGCCUCGCUCCUGAUAUGGACCAGCCAACUCUUUAUACUUAUGGAGGAAUGUGCGAGACACCCGAGUCUGGAAGUGAAGCGACGAACUGGCAGAGUAAUGCCAACUACACCAAAUCGAUGCUGAGACUCGCACCUCACGAUAGCGAUGCUUUUACCUCGUAUGAGAUGAGCGUCGCUUCCAGUGGUGGACCAAAAACACCCAUUGCAGGCUUUACUCUAACUGGUCUCACGCCCUCGAUGACCAAUAAAUCUGGCAUUGUGACGCAGCAGAUGAGUUAUGUACUUCUUGGUGGACAUACCAAGACAGCCUUUAUCAACAUGAGCACAGUCGCUGUAUGGAAUCUUCCCGCUGAGUCGUGGAGUUAUGUCAACAUUCAACCUCCAAACGUUGAUAUGCCAAAGUCAGAUCUUGCUGUGAAGGAUGCGAGCUCUCAGAAUCGUCGCAGAAGCACAAACACUGCGGAUAAUGUCUACAGCCGUUCUGGGCAUACUGCGACGCUCAGCGAGGAUGGAAGCUCUAUCAUUGUUAUAGGAGGAUGGGUUGGCGAUGUUAAUACUCCUGCUGAACCACAACUUGCGAUCCUCGAGAUGAGCGAGAUCUACAGCGGGUGGCAGUGGAAGAUCCCUGACGAACAACCUGAUUUCAAUGGAAUCUACGGCCAUGGCGCUGCAGUGUUGCCAGGAAAUAUGCUCAUGGUCUACGGCGGGUGGGAGUCUUCGGGCUCUUCCUCACGGAAAGUCAAGCGUCAAGCCUCAUCUGGAACACUUCGCUUCUACAAUAUCACGUCAGGUUCAUGGGGAUCCCAAUACACAAACCCCGCCUCUAGCUCAUCGGAUGAUGAUAACGACGCGCCCAAGGAUGAUAACAAAGGAUCAAACUCAAAGCGCCUCGGCCUCGGUCUCGGUCUAGGCUUUGGUAUCGCUGCCCUGAUCGGCAUCAUCAUUGGUGCUCUGUGUUGGUACAAGAGACGCAAACGGCAUAUCAGCAAGCGAGAAGAAGCUGUCAGGGCGCUGUCUCAAGAUCCCAACUACUAUAACAACGAAUACCCCGAGAUGAUGGAAAAUGAUCCUUGGGGGCUCGAUAGUGCCCCUUGGUAUGGCACUGGCGAGAGCCCUUAUGCCGCUGGUGAGCGAUCCCUAGGCUACGAGUCUAUGAGAGGCGCUCGAAGUGGUCUCCCCGGACUUCACAUUCCACACAAAUCUAUGGCAAGACCGUCACGAGGAGGCUAUAUACCUACGGGACCACGGCCUACAAGUUUCCCGGGUCCAAUCCAUCCGAUCUAUGAGGACGAUGAAGAGGAACCCUAUCACAAUCGAGGCCUUUAUGAUCACGUCCCGACACCUACAUCAGAGGUUCCUUCAGAUCCUUUCCAGACUCCAGUCGCAGGCGUGGGUCCGAAUAAUAUUCCUCACCCCAUUUGCCUGACUCCUGGAGGUGGUAACAGAGCCUCAGCAACACCUAGCCCUGAGAGCCCGCGACAUGAUCCUGAGGUUCAAGAUUGGGUCACUGAAGUUGAUGCUGCGGAAGGACUACUUGCACGCAUGAAUAGUCGACGAAGCCAACACCAGAAUGUACAGAACCUCGAUAGCGCCGAAGGCUUGCUUGCGCGCAUGAAUAGCCGACGAAGCCAGAACCAAGGAAGCGUGGGUCACAGCCAGGGUCGUUCUUCACCAACGCGGCAUAACUCGACCCGUUCAGCUGCUCUGCGAGAUGAUGAAUCACGAAGCGGAUCUAACUUGUCCGAGUCAGCACGGAGCGCAGCAGAAAGCAUCAAGGCUAAAGCACGUCAACUCAACCCUCUCGCUCCAGCAUUCCUAGCCGCCGGUGCCGAGCACCCUAAGCCAGGCAGUUCGUCGUCUAGUAGUUACAACACAGCCCGCUCGUCAUUUGGUGUUCUUCAAGCAGAGGGUCCUUCGUUACUUAUGGGAGACCGAGCUCCUCGCUACGAUGAUGAUGAGCCCUCGUCGCCGUCCAAGUCAAAGCCACGUAGGGGAUGGCUGGGCUCUCUUCGGCGAGUGUUUUCAGGGGCUAGUACCCCAACAUCAUCCCGCGAAGAUAUGUCUGGCGUGCGGCGUUCGUUUGACCAAGAGCCCGUGACUGGUGAUUACGAGCCCGGUCUGGUAGGUCUACGCGGCGAGCUUCUUAGAAGGAAGAAAGGUCGACAGGACUGGGAAGGUGUUGAAGGCGAUUCGCAUGGUGCUAUGAUGUCUGGUGGAGCCGGACCCGAGCCUGGAGCUGAGUCUGACUGGGAUAUUGAGAAGGCUGUUGAGCAGCGAUUGGUGCAGGUCAUGUUCACUGUCCCUCGAGAACGUUUAAGGGUUGUUAAUGGCAACGAGGAGGGAAGCGAUCGAGAAGACGAGGUGCCGAUGAAGCCACACAAGGCUGAGUUUGUUGAUCCAGAUAACGAGAGUCAGACAUCAGGGGGUGUCAGUAUUCGUGAGAAGCGGGAUGAACGUGAAUUUGGACAUGCUGGCAUUCGACCAGUGGUGGAACCAAAGAGGGACGACGAGAUUAAUGAAAAGCAACCGCUUGUUCAGGAUGAUCAAGAACAGCUGAAUGAGAGGCGGCGUCUUGAGGAAGAGAGACAGCGGCUGAUGGAUGAGAAGCGUGCUGAGGAACAACGUCUCUCAGAAGAGAAAUCUCGACAAGCACAACAGAAGGACAAGGAGUCUACGAGGAGAGAGCAACCACAACCUACAUCACAAGAACAACAGCAACUUCCUCCAGAAAAACUACAACACCCGGAACCCCCUCAUCUUCAGCCACCUCAACCUCUCUUCCAGCGCAGCUCCCGGGAUUCUUCACCGUCGUCAUCACGUUCUCCUUCUCCUCUACCAUCUCCUGGCCACCCCUCUCACUCAAGACGACACACACGAGGCAACUCAAACAACUCAAUCGGCGGCUUCCUCCACCCAGAUCUGGCUCCACUAGAACCGCGCUUCUCACACGAAACAGAUCGUUCCUCGGGUGUACUUCUCGAAGCUCAAGCAGUUCCCCUCACACGAGAACGAGCUCGAACACGCGUCUUGGCUAUGGUCGAUAGUUUCGAGAGUCUAAGUCGCGAGAACAGCCCGAGUCCCACACGGUUCCAGUAGUUGGAGAAGAAAAGAUGCAUAAGGUUUUGCACAGAGCGUGGAUUUGUUACUUUGGUUUGCAGGGUGUUUGGGUGCAGGAUGACUGGAACAUAGGGAUUGCUUGAUUUGGAAUUCGCUUCAGCAUUUUGGAAGCUUCAGGACAUAUUUGAUUUGGAUUGCCAUGAGUCUUGGAUCUGUAUAUAUACAUCAUGUAUCUAUGUGCUCAAGAUUCUACCCUACAAUUGGGAUACGAUUAAAAGACAGGAAUUCGCUUUUACACUUCAUGCCCAGUCUUGAUUUAGUCCUUCACCG